CAGCAUGCAGAUCUCGCCGGCCCGCACCCAAGAAGCUGCCACGUCUUCCAUCGUCCGGCCGCGAAUAUACGGGCAGCCAUAAUUCCGCACUGACGCACGCCGGGCCCAGCGCUGCGACCGCCAGCGGCCCUACACGCGACAUCAAGACGCAGCAGAGGCGCACGCCCGACGUUCUCUCCAGAACACCGCACACCCUGGGGCCCGCGUCCGACGGCGCUGCAUCUGCCACAACGCUUUCGACGUGCACCUGCUGCGGCCGCUCGAGCCCAGCGCCUCAGCAUGCAGGGUGCAGUAGCUGUCACACCAGGGCAGCAGCGCUGCACUCCGGUGACGGCCGGCGCUCCCGGCUGAGCCGCCGGCGCAGCGAGAGCAAAGCUUGAUCCUCACCGGCGCACCUCGCCGAUCACUGGCGAGCGCUUGGCCCAGUGCAGGCCGAGAGGACCUCACUCUCGCUCUUUGUCCACGCUCUCCCCCCUCGUCAUUCAUUCCCUUUCGGCAGCAUGCUGUCGCAUCUCGCCCUCCUCGGCGCGCUCGCGGCCGCCUCCGUCAGCUCGGUUCGCGCCGACACGCUGCCAUAUGUUACCGAGCCAAACCUGCCGCCGCUGCCAUACAACAUCAGCUACACGGCGCCGAAUGCCCGUCUCUCGGACGGCUAUGUGUUCAUUGCGCCCCACGGCGGCAGCCCGGUGGGGCUGUACAUCAUGGACUCGCGGACGCAGUCGGCCGUGUACAUCGCACAGCCGGAGCGCGUCAUGAACGCCAGCACAGGCGCCUUCGACUGGCGGCCACAGACGCUGCAGGGCCGCACCGUGAUGACCUGGUGGGACGGGUAUGUGUCCGGGAGUGGCUACGGGUCGGGUCAGGUGCACAUGAUGGACCAGGGCUUCAGCGAGGUCGCCACGCUGGGCCGGGUGAACACCAGUGACCUGCACGAGUCCCGGCUGACAGGGGCGAACAACACCAUGCUGGUUACGCACUACCAAGAGCGCCCCCAGGAUCUGAGCUCGCGGUCACCAGGCACCGCCAGCGGCAGCAUUCUCGACGGCUGCUUCGAGGAGGUGUCUGUGCCGGAGGGCACGCAGCUCUUCUACUGGUGCAUGCUGGAGCACGGCUACGGAAUUGCAGACUCCUACGUCGACCCUGUGCUGCUUCCUGCCCCGGUGUCGUCGAACAGCAGUACGUCAAACAGCACUGCGACUUCGAGCAGCACUAUGGUCUCGAGCAACAGCACCGCGCUGAGCGUAGCCUCGCGCACAAGCAGCGCCACAGCGAGGGGAUCGUCGAGCUCCUCGAGCAGCAGCAUGCUGCGGAAGCGGCACACACUCAACUCUUCGGCCUCUAGCGCAGCAGCCGCAUCUGCGACCGUGUCACCGUCCGCUUCAGGCUCAACAAGUGGUGGUACAGGCUCGACCUUGCCUUACGACUACGCGCACGUCAACUCGGUCGUGAAGGACAGCGCAGGCAACUACCUGCUGAGCGUGCGCCACCUGUGCGCCCUGCUGUACGUCGAUGGCCAGACGAAGGCGGUGCUGUGGCAGCUGGGCGGCAAGCGCAGCACCUUCACCGGCGACGGCACCUCCUUCUGCUGGCAGCACGAUGCGCAGUGGGUCGGCGAGACGAGCUGGUCCGCGCAGCAGACGCUGGAGGCCAGCAACGGCGGCAAGCGGCAGCUUAGUCUCUUCGACAACGCUUCGAACGGCUUCGCCAAGAACGCAACGCAGUCGCGCGGCAUGCUCAUCGAGCUCGACUUUGCCGCCAAGAGUGCCAGCAUGCGGGCGGAAUACUCGACGCCCGGGGGCUGCUCGGACCUGCUCAGUGACAGCCAGGGCAGCAUGCAGUUUCUCAACGAGGACUCGCCGGCCAGCAGCAGCGGCAACGUGCUCGUUGGCUACGGCAGCAAGCCGGUGUUCGCCGAGUACGACGUCAAUGGCACGGCGCUGCAGUCGGUCUGGUUUGGCUACAACGAGACGCAGAGCUACCGCGUGUACAAAGUGCAGACGACGGCCCUCACGCUCCACCCAGAGACGGCGCCAGCGGUGGCCAUCCUGAACGGCACGCUCUUCGUCUCCUGGAACGGCGCCACCGAGGUGACCACCUGGCGGAUCCGCCAGGGCUCAAAUGCGACCGACGUGUCGAAGCGCGGCUUCGAGACGAUCAUCCCGCUCGGCAACGGCACACAGACGCUCUUCGUCGAGGCGCUCAAUGCCGACGGCACGUUCUUGGCACGCUCGGAGAACAUGACGCCCCAGGGCGGCCGGCUCGGAGGCGCAAUUAAGGGCGUCACGCCUGCAGCUGCUGUCGCGACGCACAGCCCGAGUGCGACACCUCGAGCGGGAAACACCUCGACGCAGCGGCCGUCCGGCGCAGCUGCACUUGCGCUCCCGGCGUCG